CAGUAGCUGCUGCACCUGGACGCCUGGACUUCAUGAACUACCCAGUGGACGAAUCCAUGGACUACGAGGCACGACAUCGGGAGAUGGACAGGACAUCAUCAGCUGCUACAUCUGGACGUCGCACUUCAUCCCAGGGGAGUGUACUUCAAUCGGGAGUGUCGGUCGCGGCUCGGGAGUGUCUGGAGCGUCCAGAUUCGGACUUCGAAGUCUCCGAUACCCGGAAUAUCGGAAUUUUCCGGAUUCUGAGUAUUGGAAACUUCGAAAUUCUAAUCUCGGGGCUCCAAAGCAGCGAAUCCUUCGGGAUUCGUUGCUCUGGAGACCUUGAGGUUCGGAUUUCGAAGACUCUAAUACUCAGAAUCCUGAAACUUCCGAAUUUCGUGUACCUGGGACUUAUAAGUUCGAAUCUGGAGCUCCAACGUUCGGGCCUUGUCCCGGACGCUCUUCGAAUUACAAAAAACGAUCGCGCUAAACCUGGUAGACGUGAAAAAUUUGUUUUUGUCUUUUUUAAUAUGAAAAAUAAAACACAUUGAUCUCUC